AUGGCGGCGAUGGUGAUGAGUGAUGACGACGACCACAACAAUAAUGAUGAUGAUACUGACGACAAUGAUGACGAUGAUGAUGAUGAUGACGACGAUGAUGAUAAUGACAUACGGAUAUUGAUCGGCCGAGAAAUCACAGCCGUUCGACUUAAUGAUCAAGAAGUUGAAACAGGGCGACAAUUUCGAAUGAGCAGACGAACAAUUUACAGAGCAGUGAUGUAUCUGGACAGAUUUCUUGCCCACCGAAUAUUAGAUAAUGGACGGUUCUGGGCAGUGAGGUUAUUAGCAGUGGCUUGUUUAUUAUUGUCUGCAAGAAUGGAUGAAAGGGAAUAUGAUGUGCCAUUAUCAGACUAUCCAGUUGGAGCUUACAACAUCAAUGUGAAUGACACAAGGAGAAUGGAGAUUUUGGUUCUUAUUGAAUUCAAUUGGGAUAUGAAUUGUGUUACUCCUUUUGAUUUUAGAAAUUUUUUCAUAUCAAGAUUCUGCAGAGAUGUUGCAAGAAUAGACAUAACUAGAAUGACAUCUGGUGUAAUCAUCAUGAGUUUAUUAAGAGGUAAUUAG